CUUUAGAGCAGAAGCAUCAAUAGAAACACAUCAGGAAAUCCAGUGGAAACACAGUGUAGCUGUUGUUACUUUAUUUUUCUGAAACAGUCAGUGGGAAACCUUUGACAGAGCAAGGCUGAGUUAGCAGCAGCCCAUGACUGCACCGCUGAAGGGAGAGCCUGCUCUAGUGAAUCAGCAUCAAUUACACAACAGCAUUAUCUUCAGCACAGUGGUCCUGAAAGAACCUGUCUUGUUCCAAGGAGAACCUCAGUGUUUACCACAACCUGUUGAUCAUGGGGCAUACCAAACAGCCUGACGUCAUGCUGGCGGUGCUCGGAUGCCUAAUACCAAUCACUUGGAGUUUCCCAUUUGGCCCUGUCCUUGAUCUGGAUGUCACCGCCAGGGUAACUGUACGCGUCAAUGGCCUCUUGGGCUGUAAUUAUUUCCAGGGGUCUGCAGUGAACUACAGCACUCUGUUGUUGGAGGAUGGUCAAGGGUUACUGUAUGUAGGGGCCAGAGAAGCCAUUUAUGCACUGGACACUUCUAAUAUCUCUGCCACCAAUAGCACACUUUCUUUGGAUUGGGCAGCAUCGGCUGAACAGAAGAGACAGUGCCUGAGCAAAGGGAAGAACAAUCAGACGGAAUGUUACAAUCAUGUGAGAUUCCUGGACAGAUAUAACGACACUCACCUGUACACCUGUGGCACUCAUGCCUUCAGACCACGCUGUGCCUACAUAGAUGUGACACACUUCACCUUUGUGCGUUUUGAGGAUGGAAAAGAGAAAUGUCCUUAUGAUCCUACAAAGGGCUUCACUGGAUUUAUAAUUGAUGGUGAGAUGUACUCUGCUUCCCAGUAUGAGUUUCGUUGUACACCUGAUAUUAGACGCAACUUUCCUUUCCCCAACUUGAGGACGGAUGAUUCUCCAACAAGAAUGCUUCUGGAGGCAGAUUUUGUUGGCUCAGCGUUACUGAAGGAGAGCGUCAACAGCUCUAUCGGGGAUGAUGACAAACUCUACUUCUUCUUCACGGAGAGGAACAUAGAACCAACGGCUUACUCCAGUCAGACCAGAGUGGCCAGGGUGGUCCGUGUGUGUAAGGGGGAUAUUGGGGGUCAAAGGACUCUACAAAGGAAGUGGACGUCCUUUCUCAAGGCCAGGCUGGUGUGUUCCAUUCCUGAUUAUGAGCUUCAAUUCAACAUCCUGCGCAGCGUUUAUGUCGUUGAGGGGGCCAGUGUACAAGAUAGUGUCUUUUAUGCUGUUUUUGGACUUGAUUGGAGAAAUGUUAAAAUGUCUGCAGUGUGUCAGUACUCCCUCAGAGAUGUCCAGACAGCUUUUGAUGGGCCUUACAUGGAGCUACAGGACUCCAAAUGGAGAGAAUUUACUGGUAAAGUUCCAGAUCCAAGGCCUGGUUCGUGUAUAACCGAUCAGCAUCGUGCUCUGCUUAUAAAUUCCUCCCGGGAUCUCCCUGACAACAUACUGAAUUUUGCUCGAAAACACCCUUUAAUGGCCAGGCAGAUCCAGCCAGUUGGAGGACGCCCUCUUUUGCUCCAGAGAAGUGCAGACUACACCAAGAUUGCUGUACUUCAAGUUGCAGGUUUGGAUGGACUCGUUUAUGACAUGCUCUUCAUUGGAACAGAUGAGGGCUGGUUACACAGGGCGGUAAAGAUCAGAGACCAUGUGCACAUUAUUGAGGAGCUUCAACUGUUUGAGGAAAAACAACCCAUCAAUAACAUGGCAAUAUCACAAAAACAGAACAGUAUCUAUGUAACUGCCCCUUCUGGACUGGCUCAAUUACCUCUGUCAUCCUGUGAGCGCUACACAUCCUGUUAUGACUGUGUGUUUGCACGAGAUCCACUUUGUGGCUGGGAUGGAAGAGUGUGUGCUGAAAUAUCAUCUUACUCUAACAGGUCAAUUCUUGUCCAGGACAUACAGAUGGGGAGCAGAGGCUGUACAAACAUUACAAGUGAUGGUUUUGCCACGCACCGGACACGUGCAGUGAUGGCUGGAGAUGAUGUGCUUUUACAGUGUGAGAUUCGCUCCAACCUGGCCUCUCCUCAUUGGACACUGAACGGUCAGCAGCUUCAGGAGUAUGGUGUUGAUAUUCGCUACCGCACUGGCAUUGACGGUCUCCUAAUCAUUGGGGCUCAGAGCCAGCAGAGCGGACACUACCGCUGUUAUGCAGUGGAAAAUGAAGUUUGGAUUCCUGUCAGCAGCUAUAUUGUGAGAGUGCAACCUGUACCGCCUCCUGCAACGCAUCUUUCAGCAAGCCCAACGGCUCUACCCGAAAGUUUGUUCACCACCACAACUGUACCAACUCCGAGCCCAUCCAGUGGUCCUGUUGAGCAGCUCCUGUCCCCUCCACCUGCCCCGUUACCUUCUGGACCAGAGUUCCAGACCUACAGACACAUGGAGGCCAUGUAUAUUUCUCUGGUGGCUGUUCUUGCAGGGCUGUGUCUAGUUCUUACAGUUGUCUUGCUUUAUGUGAGCUUCUGUGCACGUAGCACUCCCAACAGCAGGAAGUACUCUCAACAAGGUCUUUCGGUAACCGCAGCAACCGCACGAAAAAGGAGUUCGCAUUUUGAGCUUAAAACUAUCUCAAGCCACUGCAAUGGCCGAAACGAGGGGCGGAGCAGAGCGGUGUCAAGGGAUGGAGAGUUUCUACAGAUUGUUUCAGGAGACUCCCAGUCUACACCCAGUAAGGAGCCUCCACCUGCUCCACCACUUCCAAUGCCUCCGCCCCUACCAUCAUCUGACUACACCAAUGGAAUGUCAGCUACAUUACCCAGUGUGCUGAGAAAGAUGAAUGGAAACAGUUAUGUGCUCCUGAAACAGACAGACUCCGAGAUGACGUCGCCACUUUACCACUCGUUUACAGAGGAGCUCAACAGGAUCCUGGAAAAAAGGAAACAUACACAGCUGGACAUCGAACCUGAUGAGAGCUCAGUGUAGCUCCAGGUCACACCAUUACUGUAUCACCCCUUUGUGGUUGGAAGUGUUACUUUAGUAAAAGGAACACCCUUCCACCACAAUGACGGUUUGUUUAUUGUGGCAUUUUUUGUAGGAUUCGUAUAUAAAACUUAAGCUUCCACGGGCUGAUACUUCAUGGUCUUUUUCCUGUGACUUGUUAAAAUAUGUGUGAGUUUCUCAAACACAAAUUUAUUCUGGCCUACUGAUCGAUAGAGGUACAGACUCUCUGUCGACCUCAAGAAGGACUUCUUUGUUAUGGACCUCGGAGGAAUAAAGUGCAAGUUGAUGCUUUUUUCACAAUCAAGAACGCUGAAAGACAGGAUUUAUAGUUGAGCUUUUUAGAUUUACAGAAGGAAAUUUUACAGAAUUUUUACAGACUGUCCAAAGACUGUCUAGGCAAAGCAAUGCAUAUUUGUACAUAAUCAAAGAGAAAUUGUUCUUCAAAUGCAGAUGUUUACAGAUGUGUUUUACCUAAUUGAACCUAAUGU